UUUCUUUUGAUGUGUGUUUUUAUUUAAUUUGUUUCAUCUUUUCAUCUUUUGUUCCUCCAAUCAAAGAUGGCUUCUUCGUCCUUCUCAUCUUUUCUUCCUCUCCUACUCCUCUUCCUCACCAUAACCGUGGAGUCGAGACCUUCACCUCAACAAGACAACAAACAGGUGUUACAUUCUCUCUUUGGCUCUCAUCUCUCUUCUGUGAUCUUGGCACCUCCCACCUCUGAUGUCGCUGAGGGCUCUGCUGGACAUCCUGCUGCUUCCUCCUCCUCCUCCUCCUCUUCCUCACCUCCCUCUGGAUUGGUUCUUGGUCGCGGUGCUGUGAGGGGAUUGGUGGGCAAACGGGAAGCGGUACCUCGGUUCUUCCUCGAUUUCCUGCAGCGACAGGCCAAAAUGAGGAGGCGGAGCCGAAAGUCGAUGGUGGGAGGAAGAGGAUGCUUCGGGAUGAAGAUGGACCGCAUCGGCUCCGUCAGUGGACUUGGCUGUUAAAGACGCUGAUGUUACCAUGGUGACACCUGUAACCACUAUCCCACAGAACGAUGACCUCAGGUUAAUGUAGCGCCACAGUUACCACGGUAACCACGGUAACCACGGUAACCCUGAACUGACCCUGAACCGACCCUACGUGACAUCUGACCUUCAGGUCGGAGACUCCAUGUUGGAACUUUACUAAUAAAAGAGACGUAGACACAGGUCGUCAGCUGGUGACCCCUGACCCCUGACCCCUGGCUACAACACAGCCAGCAGCACGACCAUGCA